ACACCGUUCUGAUUGGUUAACGGUUUGAUAGUCUCCUAGUCUUUUAUGCGUCUUGGUUACAAAUGUGUGGAGAGGGAAAGAUGUAACGCAGAAGCAUUUGUUUUAAUUUGUACUCGAUAACAUCUGUAAAUACCGUUGAAGAUGUUCCCCGGUGUCUUCUACGCGUUGCUGGCAGGAUUUCUUGGAGCCGUCGCUUCCUCGUCAGCGAAACUGUCCCUCGGAUCUGACUAUCUCAAAGGGGUCUGUGAAAAUGGGCUCAAAUCAUGGGCAUCUGAUGAAAGACAUUUUAGGCAAGCCGACGAUACUACAGUUUGCGACUGGCUGCACAUACCACUCAGGCUGCUGUGCGGGGGAUUGCUGUUCACCUGCAAUGCUGUCAUGUGGACUUGCUUCGCUAAAGCACUCAGGUAUUCCUCCUCUUCAGCAAGAGCCACUGUGACCACUACAGCGUCCAACUUCAUAUCAUCCGCUUUCCUGGGGAAGCUGAUUUUCGGAGAAGCCCAUGUAAUGCUGUGGUGGGUGGGCAUCUCUCUCACUCUCUCGGGACUCCUUGUGCUGCACACUGCUGCGCCACACGCUGGUGAACGAGCUGUCGUCAAGAAAGAGCAUUAAAACCCAACAGGACCAGGCCCCCUGCUGGAAACCAAAACAGACCCCAGCAAAACUGGAAACUUGGCCCACAUUGCAUCAUUGUACUUGUUCACAUCAGUCAUCUGAUGAAGGAUUUCAACCUGUAAUGGUUGACAAUGAGUUUGUCUGCCAUGUUUUCCACCCAUAGGGUAACUCAAACACUGUGAGGCAGGUUCAGUCUUGCAUUUCUUAGAAAACAGAUAUUUUCAUAGACUGUUCAGUUGCUGUAGUUCUAUUAGAUAUUUGAUUCUUAUGAAACUAAAGCCCGAUUCACACAGGACUAAAAAUCACCACAUAAACAGUUGGUUUUGGAAUUUUUACCAACGUCAGUAAAAUUUAGUCCUGUGCGAACCGUCCAUUUCUUUUUAUCCCAGAUCAUUUUCUCAGAAGUCCUCUGAUUAUUUUACAGGACAUUGAGAUCAUCUGUAAUAUUCAGGCAUAACUCAGGCAUCCUGUCUUUACUCCCUGUGAAUCAAUCAUGUCAGUGUUAUGUGAGAAUUGAUACAGCAUUUCUAGGGUAUUCAGCUCAAAGCAACACCAGCCUUGGCAAUAAACCAAAAUAUAAUAUUACAAUUGGUAUGAUCUGUUCUGAGAUUCUACAGUUCAGUAAAACACAAAGAUUGGGCAUAGUCAAAUUGGGGACGGGCAAAAAUACAAAACAUAACUGGCGACUAAAAAGAAAAAAAAAAUCAUGCUUUUAAUGGUGCAUUUGAAGAUAAUACAUAUCACUCAAAGGACAAAAUGGUUAUUCUAGCCUUGGGAAGAGAAGGUACAGUGAAAUUAGUUAUUUAAACAGGUAGAUAGGUUCAUGCCUUAAAGUUAGUGCAUUAAACCUAAACUGGGUGUCAAAUACAGCCCAAUGAACAAUCUUCUAUACACAGGCUCAGCAAAGAUUCAUAAGUCAUUAAAAGGGAAAGAAAUACAGAGUGAGUUUGGUGAAUGCAGGCCACUAACUGGUUUGCUUUUUAUCAGUGAGUGUACACUGGUUUUGGAUUGUCUAAAUCAAAUGCAUCCUUCGUGGGUUUUUUUUUACAUUGCCCUUUUUAUAGUACAGCAGGGUUCCUUGUAAAACUGGUAAAAUAAUAUAGCACAGGAUUAAAGUCAUGGUGCCGGCUUCCCCUCACGUUUCACUGUGCACCGCAAUCCUGACCUGGACACCCAACAUAAUUCAGUCCCGGGCUUCUCUCAAACAGAGACUGACAGUUCGGCCAGACUCUGUCCGAUUGUGUGGUGGUUUUGUGAAGGAGGCUUUUCUCCAGUGGGGACUAGAUUGAGACUGCCUUUUGCUUAAUGAGAUUAAUGAGUCUUUCGCAGUGUCACUGUACAGCCCAUGUGCACUUAGACAUGCGUGGCUUAAUCUUUAGGCUGCUGCCCCACUUACCUUUCACAGUCUGUUCUGUACACAGCAGGCCUUCAGGUGUAAGGCUAUCAAACCUGGUAGAGCUACAGCAAUCUAAAGUUGAAAUUUUUAUAAUUAUCAUAUUUAUGACAUAGCAGAUUUUUAAUGUUAUACUUCUAUAGUCGUUCUUAGAAUUUUGAGUUUUAACUUGAGGUUCUAAAAUUGUUGGGCACGUGAUAUUUUGUUUGUUUGUAUACAGUAAGUCCUGUUCAGUAUGAAAUGUAGCGCUUUGAUUUAAUACAUUACCAAGCUAAGUUACCUCCAGAAAUGCAUCAUCAGCCUAAACCAAAACAUGUCCAAUUCAGAUUCUAAUACAUGUUGUUAAAGUUCUUAAGUUGCCAUUGAUUACGCAAUAUUAGAACCAUCAGAACUUUCAUCCAAAAAUCAGUAACCUCCAUUAGUGUCAUUCAUAUUACAAACCAAAUGCAACGUUCUGAAAUCUGAAAUAUUUGUGGGUUAUCACAUUUUUCCGCCACAUCUAUUUUUUAAUGGUAAUAUAAAGAAAAUAUGUGACUCAGUAACUUGUAUGUUUAAGUGUUAAAAUAGCAAUACAUGCACUGUUUACAGGUUUUUAAUUGCAAUAAAACCUUAUGGCUCAGGCUGUUAUCUUCUUUGAACUUCCAGACUGUAAUACCUUGAUCCUUAAAAAAAAAAGUCAGAAUGGAGCAGUGCAAUUACUUUUUUUUUUUUUGGCUGAUGAGCAAUUAGAGUGAUUUGAUUACUGAAUUCAAAAUGUGCAAUCAAUGUGAAGAGCAAGAUCGCAUUUGUUCCACAAGAUUAGGUGUACUAUAGGAUUGUCCAAAAACACUUUCAUUUAGUGUCGUAUGAAUUAGGAAAUAGUAUGUUUUAAAUGGGAUGUCAACUACAGUUCUGUAAUUCAAGAAGGCAGAUAUGCUCAUAUCUUCUCCAAUAUAUAUAUUUGGCAGAUCUUUUACACAAAGGGUAUUGUUUUCCACAAAAAAUGCAAGAGUAACAACCAUAAUCUAAAACUCAACAAAUAUCCAAAUGAUUUUCGUAAUCAAUUAAAAAAAAAAAUAGUAGUAGCUGACUUGGAAAAACAUAUGCACUUCAUAUAGUCAACUCCCCUUCCAGGGUUUUCUGAAGCCUUAGGGCACAAAGUUCUUUGCUUGCGGCUGGCUAUCACGAAGAUCACUGUUGGGUGGCAUAUUAAUAUAAUGACUCACUGAUGGAUUGCUUACACAAAGCAUAGGACACUGCCAACGACUCCUGCUCGUGGUGUAUGCUAAGUAUUCCUGGAAGCAGUUUAAGUACUGAUCCACAAAGCUGAACACCAACAAAGACCCCUUUCUAUGCAUGAUUUGGUGUGGUUAUCAUUUAUGCUGUCAUACUUUGAGCAGAAAGUUACAAGGUGAGAACGAAAAGCAGAACAAAACAAUGUUCUUAAAGGAGGGGAAGGUUUCUGCAUGACUCGAUUACCUGAACUCAAGUCAUGCCAGAACCCUUCAUAUGUGACACCUGUGUAAUAAGAUAAAUAAAGUUGAACUGCUGUACAGUGCAAAUGUCUGUCUGUUUGUUUUUUAUGUCAGACCACUGGAUUAAAAUCUUUUUUUUUUUUUUUUUUUGCAGUUUGAGAAAGACGCAUGAAUUACUGCAAAAGCUUAACUUGGCAGGUUUCCCAUCUUUUAUGACAGAUUUCAGCCCAGGUACAGCAUUACUGCCUGGUACUCAGUAGGUCAGUUGUGCCUUCUAAGUGGCUGAUUUGUUAAAAUGCAACUGUUGUUUAACAUUUAAAAAAUAUAUUUUCUGUAAUUUGUUGGUUAUUAAAUCUGUUGCCUAAAUGUAUAAUUGAAGUUUUCCUGAAAAACUGUAUUUCAUGACUCCCUAAUAAGACAUUUCCUG